AGAAGAAAACUUGACAUUUCUGCGUCAUGUUCGUAGGACAUCUGUUCAGGUGUGAAUCCGGGUUCGGCAUUUUUAAUUGCUGAAAGUUUGAGCGAAUUCGAUGUUUCUGGAGCUUCUCUUUCGGGCUUAAUUUCUCUUGAAGAUCUCAGGAAAAAAAGGAUUGCUCAAGGAGGUUGUUUCCUGAUUUGGUUACAGAAACUUGGGGGGGAAAAUGGCUGUUUAGUGAAUUAUUUUUGAAGAGAAUUGGGCAAAGUCCUUUCCAGUAGGGGUUGAAAUUUGGGGGUAGUGAUUUAUUAUGUUUGAUUAUUACCCUCUUUGGCGAGAAAUUUAAUUUAUAAUUAAGGUGGGGGUUUAAGGUAGUUGAUUUAGUAUUGGAAGCUCCUGAAUGGUUCAUAACUUGUUACGGAAGUAGAGCUAUAUUAGGAAGCUAUGACUUGGGCCACUCCGAAAGGCUCAAACAUAAUGACUGCGUAUCCACGGAACGUUUCCUGGAUUGGGGCUUCAGUGGCAGGAAUGGCGUUCUUUUUAAUGUUUGCUUCCUGGAUACUUGUCUCACACCCGAUUGGUUCCACGGUUCGUGGGUAUUUCUAUGGUGUUGAGAGUUCGGAGAAUGUGGAUUUGUUCAUCUCGGUGGGAAAUCAGAGUACCAGGGAUCCAAGUGUUGGGGACAGUGUAGAUAUGGUUGGUAAGAUUUUGGCCUCUGAGUCCAAUUCUCAAGUGCUCAUGAGUACAGAUGAAGCACCAGUUGUUUCAGAAACCAAGGAGAUGAAAGAUGUAGAAGCACCUGUUCCAACAUCAAACGUUCCAUUGAUGGAAAACAAUACAAAAGGGAUUGAUAAGAAUUUGUCUGGUCAACCAGUUGUUUUGGAUAACAAAGAGAUGAAAGAUCUAACAGCACCUGUUCCCGAAUCAUCUUCUGCUUUAACAAAAGAAGAGGAGGCCAACCCUAGUUUUGAUUCAUCCAAGGCUACAAAGGAUGUUGAGAUUAAAGAACCUGUUUCUAAGAGUGUGAAUACUUCCAAUUCUAUGGAUAUGGGAUCAAAUGAUACUACAACUUCUUCUUCUGAUUCCAAUUCUAGGGUUAUGGGAUCAAAAGUUUCAGGAUGUGAUCUGUACCACGGAAGUUGGUUUUAUGAUACAUCGGGGCCAUUAUACACAAACAAUACAUGCCCCAUAUUGACACAGAUGCAGAACUGCCAGGGAAAUGGGAGGCCUGACAGGGACUACGAGAAUUGGCGAUGGAAGCCCUUUCAGUGUGACCUUCCCCGAUUUGAUCCAAAGAAAUUUCUGGAGACAUCUGUUCAGGAAGCUAUGACUUGGGCCACUCCAAAAGGCUCAAACAUAAUGACUGCGUAUCCACGGAACGUUUCCUGGAUUGGGGCUUCAGUGGCAGGAAUGGCGUUCUUUUUAAUGUUUGCUUCCUGGAUACUUGUCUCACACCCGAUUGGUUCCACGGUUCGUGGGUAUUUCUAUGGUGUUGAGAGUUCGGAGAAUGUGGAUUUGUUCAUCUCGGUGGGAAAUCAGAGUACCAGGGAUCCAAGUGUUGGGGACAGUGUAGAUAUGGUUGGUAAGAUUUUGGCCUCUGAGUCCAAUUCUCAAGUGCUCAUGAGUACAGAUGAAGCACCGGUUGUUUCAGAAACCAAGGAGAUGAAAGAUGUGGAAGCACCUGUUCCAACAUCAAACGUUCCAUUGAUGGAAAACAAUACAAAAGGGAUUGAUAAGAAUUUGUCUGGUCAACCAGUUAUUUUGGAUAACAAAGAGAUGAAAGAUCUAACAGCACCUGUUCCCGAAUCAUCUUCUGCUUUAACAAAAGAAGAGGAGGCCAACCCUAGUUUUGAUUCAUCCAAGGCUACAAAGGAUGUUGAGAUUAAAGAACCUGGUUCUAAGAGUGUGAAUAUUUCCAAUUCUAUGGAUAUGGGAUCAAAUGAUACUACAACUUCUUCUUCUGAUUCCAAUUCUAGGGAUAUGGGAUCAAAAGUUUCAGGAUGUGAUCUGUACCACGGAAGUUGGUUUUAUGAUACAUCGGGGCCAUUAUACACAAACAGUACAUGCCCCAUAUUGACACAGAUGCAGAACUGCCAGGGAAAUGGGAGGCCUGACAGGGACUACGAGAAUUGGCGAUGGAAGCCCUUUCAGUGUGACCUUCCCCGAUUUGAUCCAAAGAAAUUUCUGGAGUUAAUGAGAGGGAAGACACUUGCUUUCAUUGGGGAUUCAGUUGCUCGAAACCAGAUGGAAUCAAUGCUGUGCAUUCUCUGGCAGGUAGAAGCUCCUAAGAACCGAGGGAGCCGUAAAAUGCAGAGGUAUUUUUUCAAGUCACAAUCUGUAACGAUCGUUCGGAUAUGGUCCUCAUGGCUUGUCAAGCAAACAUCUGCACCGCUUGAUUUUGCUCCAGAGGGUGUGGUCAAGCUCCACCUUGAUGCCCCUGAUGAUCACUUCAUGGAAUUUAUCCCGAAGUUUGAUGUGAUUGUUCUUUCUUCCGGCCACUGGUUUGCCAAGCAGUCAGUCUAUGUCUUGAAUAAUGAGAUUGUGGGAGGACAAUUGUGGUGGCCAAACAAGUCUCGGCCUAUGAAGGUUAAUAAUGUUGAGGCAUUUGGGAUAUCUGUUGAGACAAUUCUCACUUCUCUUGUUACGCAUCCGAAUUACACAGGGCUAACAAUUGUACGUUCAUAUUCUCCGGAUCAUUAUGAGGGUGGCGCCUGGAAUACAGGUGGAUCAUGCACUGGAAAGACAAAGCCGCUUGCAGUUGGUGAAUUGGUAGAAAAUGGCUUUACAAAAAUAAUGCAUGACAAACAGGUCUCAGGUUUCAACCGUGCAAUUACAAAGGCAACAAACAAAUCAAAGUUGAGGCUGAUGGAUAUUACUGAAGUCUUUGGUUACAGGCAUGAUGGACAUCCAGGGCCAUAUCGAAACCCUAAUCCAAACAAGAUCACAAAGCGUGGCCCAGAUGGAAAGCCUCCCCCACAGGAUUGCUUGCAUUGGUGCAUGCCAGGUCCGGUUGAUACCUGGAAUGAACUUGUGUUUGAAAUCACAAGGAGAGAAUAUGAGGGCAGUGACAGCUUUUCACGAUGAGAUGUGAUUUGUUGCCAAGCAGACUGCCUUGUGUUUUAUUAUAAGGGCUAAUUAUAAGGGCAGCUAGUUCAGUAAGAUAUAAUUUAUACGCAGGAAGGUGGUAAAUUUAAUCCAUUUGUUUUUUCAUUUUUCAAAUACAUUUGUAGAGAAAUUAUUUGUUGUAACGGAUUGGGAGAUCAGCAGCUAGAGUUACAGGAUGCAAUGCAACUUAAGUUUUUCUAGGGCAAAGGUAAUAUAAUAUAAGCUGAUUGUGUCACCUAUAUUUGAAAUAACAUAUAAAUGCAUUGUUUUGAUGUUUUCUUU